AUGAAGGGUCUGACUCUGGAGAUAACCGGACCUACGCUCAAGGACUUGAGGCUGAAGACGGACAGCAGUUAUGAGGACGUGAGCCGAGCUAUAUCUGGGCGAAGUGUGGGAUUCUUUAUCGGGGCGGCCAUUGGUGGGGUUUUGGUGGACAAGCUGCAUCCAUUCUGUAACCUCAUGAUCGCGAUAUGUCUGGACGGAAUAGCUGUGGUAACAACAAUCGCCCCGUAUAUGACGAGUGUGAACGUUAUAUGGGCCCUGUUUGUCCUUGCUGGGACUUUUGAAGGCGUUAUCAAUAUUUCGGGACAAAAGUUGAUUCUGGACAUGUGGCUAGACAAAGCCUCAUCACCAAUGCACGCUCUUCAUUUGGGUUUCGGUAUUGGAUCGUUCAUCGUACCGGAAAUAGCUAACCCUUUCCUGGCUGUGCCUGCGCCGACACUCAGCACAUCCGGUGUUAACGCAACUGUGAACAUGACAUCGACACUGCAGACUUCAACAACGACCGGACCACUCUCAACGACAAUAGAAUACGUAAAAGAUUCCAGAAUCGAAUGGGCGUAUCUAAUUGUCGCCUGCAUAUCUGUAAUAGUAUCAUUUGCGUUCUAUUUUUAUCAAUAUAACGAUCGCAGAAAACCAACAAAUUUUAGUGAAGAUGUAAAUAUGAAAAUUUCGGACAAAGAAAUCGAAAGCCAUGCAAAUGCUUCAGACGGCAAUGCCACUCAAACGAAAUCUUUCAUUGGUACAUUGAAAUCCUUUGUGAAGAUAGCUAACCCUGGAAGUUGUACUGGCGGACGGAAGAUGUACGGAGUGGUCAUUUUUAUGUUUCUCUUUUUGUACUUCUUCACUGCAGUAGGCGGCGAACGUAUCUACGGCAAAUUCCUACGAACCUUUGCCAUUGAUGAGUUGAACUUUGAUGGCGAUGACGCAACGCUUCUUAACACGGCUUUCUGGAUCAGUUUUUCGUGUGGCAGGUUCACCGGUUUCGUAACAGCUCGGUGGAUACCGAUUCGUACUUUGAUGAUCAUUGAAGCAUGCGGAUGUCUAGUAUCUGCUGUUCUCCUGAAUGUAUUUGCCUACAAUGACUCAACUCUGCUCUGGGUGUUUUCAAUGCCGAUGGGUUUCUUCAUUGCGCCAUUGUUUCCUACCGGUAUUGCUUGGGGAGACUUCCAUGUAGAAAUGACAGGGAUGGCCAUCACGUUUUGCCUCCUAGGUGGCGCUCUCGGAGGGAUGUCGUACAUGUGGAUCAUAGGAUAUCUAUAUGAUAACUACGGUUACCGUACAUUUAUAUACCUCACUGGGGGAUUUGGAGCUUGUAUUGUUCUUUUUGCGUUCAUUCUGCUCUUCAUAGGAUGUGGCCAAGGAAACAGGUUUGCGAAAAAUGAAGAAUUUUCGGAAGAUGUCAUCGAGAAAGAAAUCGAGAACACCAAAAUAUAGACAAAUCAUAUAUAACAUAUAUUCUUUCGUAAAUAAAUUUGAUACAUACGAUUUUCAAACUCAGAGGAAAUAAAUCAUAAAUUAUAUUAGACAGAUCAUUUAUAAAUAUUGAACAACGUAGGUCUAAGACUUGAAUGAAUGACAAUUGCACCAAUCGAAAACCAUUGUUUCAUAUUCUGCCACAUCCCUGAUCAGGGCAGACUCUUCGUGACAUAUCAUAAAUGCUAACUUUGUGCUUCAAUGAUUCGUGAUAACGAUUUUAUUUCUGCGAAAAUGCCACCUGCGAAACAAACGGGACAUUGAUCCAUUCUUGCGUAAGGACUAUGUCUAAUGGAAACUAGAUUUUAAAUCUGCCAAAAAAUAUCCGGGCAAUUGAUCAUAUUAGCGAAUCCGUAAAAUAUCAGAAUGGGUAAAGCCUGGUUAAGUUUUGAAUAACCGAUAUCCUCAACAUAACGUAAACAUGUGUUCUUUAAAAAACCCGAAACCAAACUUUAGCCAAAGGGAAACAACUCCUGCAAAAAUAAGCAUUAUCUUUGUACGUUAGUCAAUAUUUCAACUGCAUAACCAAAUAGUGAUAACAGUAACGAAUUAAAAGUCACGAAAUUUACUUUUGUUUGAUCAUGGUACUGACAGUGUUCUGUUGUCCUUACGAAGUGACGUCAUUUUGAUUCCAUUUUGUGUUGAUACUUAAUACGGUUUGUCUUUCUAUCUAAAUAUAAAAUCUUUGUAUAGAUUACUACCAGGAAAUACAAAUGUUCGAAUAUUUACUUUUUCGUGACAGGUAUAGUGUAUUGUUUGUUGCUAAAAACACGAUUUGUUUCACAAAUUCAGUGUUUCGUUGCCUUUUAUCCUCUUUGAGAGUCUUUUUUAAAUUAUAACGCUCGUUUACACAUUUUCAUCAUUUGACCCUGCAAUUUUAAAAUACACAGGGCAUUUCAGAUACAAGCAAUCAACGGUCGUCUUUCCUCUAGAUAUUUUGCGGAUUCCAUUCCCUACGCUCUCACGAUUCCCUUUGAGUAUCCAUAUUUUCUUCGUUUUUUUCUUACUGUCUAAACAUGUAUCGUUCUUUGUCGCAAUAAUGAAUUAAUGCUUGUGUCUCCGUGUAAUGAAUAACAGAUGUGAGCGAUUUCUACCAUGAUCUGUGUUUCACCACCAACGACCCAAGUAAUGACCAGCAGUGGAACUUAUGUUUACCACGUGUAUGUGUUUUCACACACCUAGCCCGCGUAAUAAACAAAAUGAGCAUGAUGUCCCCUAAUGUGUUUCACCACCCACAAUUCGUGUAGUAAAUAGCGGUUGGAGUGUGUUUACCAUUUUUAUGUGUUUUAUCACUCCUUUACCGUGCUAAAAACAAGUGGGAGGGAUGUUACGUAGUGUGUAUUUCACUACUCCUAACCAAUGGUAUAGGGCUCGUACAACUAAAUAGUUUACACUAUAAGUUAUAGCUAGUUUUUGAGCUAAAAGUAUUAAUAAUUUAACACUUGUAGUGGGGGUGAUGUCUACCAUAACGUGCAUGUGUUUCACCACUGCGAACCCGUUUAAUAAACAUCAAUAGGAGUGAUGUCUACCAUAGCGUGUUUGUUUUUCACCAACCCCAAUCUGUGUUGUAAACAGCAGUGAGAGUGAUGUCUACCAUAACAUGUAUGUGUCUCACCAACCCCAAUCUGUGUUAUAAACAGCAGUGAGAGAG